AUUUUUUGCAGUGUGUUGUUCGGUUUCUAUACAAUCAGAAGGGAGAGAGAGAGAGAGAUUAGAAGACCAUGGUGCGGAGCAGAUCGAUUUUACUUCUCGGGAGGAAGAAAAUCCUAAGUUCAUUCUCUCAAAUGAAAGAUUCUUAUAGCGUUUCAAAGGAAUCCGUUUUGCCCUACAUAUCCAUCGCUUCUCGAACUUAUGGUAGUCAAUCAGGCUUUAGGAGCUUGUUCGAUGGUUCCAGAUUCGCAUUUAAGGGAUAUUAUCGUCCAUCUUCAAGGAAUAUGACCACUACUACUGCUGCUACAUCGAUCUUAUCAUCAAAGAAGGAGGGACUAAAACUGCUAGUUACCACUGGACCUCGUGCCCAGAAAAUAGUUGGGAUAUGGUUGUUUGGUUCUGCUGCGUGGGUGUUUAGCAUGGUGGUACUUGGAGGUGUUACACGACUUACCCGAUCUGGUCUGUCCAUGACUGACUGGAAAUUUACUGGUAGCCUGCCACCUCUAUCAGAGGAAGAAUGGUUGAUUGAGUUUGAGAAAUAUAAAGAGUCUCCUGAGUACAAGCGAGUAAACAGGGGGAUGACUGUUGAAGAUUUUAAAUUCAUAUACUGGUUGGAAUAUGCACACCGGAUGUGGGGAAGAGCACUUGGUGUUAUGUUUGCUCUUCCAUUUACAUAUUUUCUUCAUCAGGGAUGGAUUACGUUCCGUCUUGGAAUGAAACUUUCUGCUCUCUUUGCUUUUGGUGCUGGGCAGGGUCUAAUUGGUUGGUGGAUGGUGAAGAGUGGUUUAGAGGAACCUGCAUCUGAGUAUGUUCAGCCCAGAGUAAGCCCUUACCGUCUUGCUGUUCAUCUUACAUCAGCAUUUGCUAUAUAUUCUGGCCUUCUGUGGACUGCUCUGUCUGUUGUAAUGCCUGAUCCUCCUGCUGGGUCAAUAGCUUGGGUUCAUGGAGCAGCCAAAGUUAAGAAACUUGCUGUUCCUUUAAGCUUCCUUGUUGGUGUUACUGCAAUUUCAGGAGCUUUUGUUGCUGGAAAUGACGCGGGACGUGCUUAUAAUACAUUUCCAAAGAUGGGUGAUACAUGGAUUCCAGAUGAUAUUUUUAGCAUGAAGCCACUUAUCCGCAACUUCUUUGAGAACACAUCAUUGGUCCAGCUUGAUCACCGAAUACUUGCGACUGCAACACUGCUAUCAAUUGGCAGUUUGUGGUGGGUCACGAAGAGGCUUGACAUUCAUCCUGCAGUACGAUCUUUAAUUGGGAGCACCAUGGGCAUGGCAGCUUUGCAGGUCACUUUGGGAAUAUCAACACUUCUCUCAUAUGUUCCAGUUUCUCUCGGCACUGCACAUCAAGCCGGAGCAUUGACUUUGUUGACACUAAUGAUCCUUCUAAACCAUUCUGUGAGAAGGCCAUCCAUGAUGCUCAUCAAAUCCCUAACCUCUGUUUCGAAGACGGCCUAAUAGUAUUAAAUCACAAAUCUGUAUUUUAU